CACACACAUCUUCCAGGAUGUCAUAUAUCAGGUUGGCUGCUGGCGGUCCACUUUUCUGACUCGAUUUCACGCCAAUCUGACUGACACGCGCAUCGCAGGUCGCGUCACAGAGUCCGCGCGCAGAUGCUCUCGGGAGGAGGUUUCAUCCCCGCGGACCGAGCACCGAUCUGCUGCUCGGACAACAGGCGGAAAAUAAACGCGCGCUUCAAAUGACUAUUCGCCUGCUGUACGACUAAUCGCCAUGGUAGAUUUAGACUCUAGAUUUAGUGGAAGGGUGGGGGGGCAGGUGGGGGCAGAUUUCAUUUGCGAGCUGCCGCAGUUUAAUUUUAAUGCACGCACUUGGUGAUACUUUUUUUCAUUAUUUUUCUUUUCUAUGUGGAUGCACUUUGGAUUACCGAUGGAUUUCUUAAUCAAUUCAAAUUUUUCCCUUGGAUACUUUAAUUCGUCAAUAACAGACGGCGCCCUUUACCGGAGUGCCAUCCUACCCGGCAUCUUCGGCAUCAUCUGCUUCCUGGGUAUCAUGGAGAACUGCAUCGUCAUCUACACCAUCAUGAAGAAGACCAAGUGCCGCGCCAAACAGACCGUUCCGGAAAUCUUUAUCUUAAACCUGUCCAUUGUGGAUCUCCUGUUCCUCCUUGGGAUGCCGUUCCUCAUCCACCAGCUGCUGGGCAACGGCACCUGGCACUUCGGAGCCGCCAUGUGCACGGUUAUCACGGCGCUUGACUCCAACAGCCAGAUUGUCAGCACUUACAUCCUCACUGCGAUGACACUCGACCGAUAUCUGGCUACGGUCCAUCCCAUCCGCUUCAACUACAUCCGCACGCCUUGCGUGGCAACGCUGGUCAUCGGCCUGGUCUGGGGCCUGUCGCUUCUCACCAUCAUCCCCGUGUGGAUGUACGCAGGCCUGAUGCCCCUCCCGGACGGCCUGGUGGCCUGUGCUCUCCUUCUACCCAACCCGGUCACUGACAUAUAUUGGUUCACGCUCUACCAGUUCUUCUUGGCGUUUGCGGUACCUUUGGUCAUCAUCUGCCUGGUGUUCUUUAAGAUCCUCCAACACAUGUCCACUAGCGUGGCUCCGCUGCCGCCACGCAGUUUGAGGGUGCGCACCAGGAAGGUGACCCGGAUGGCGGUGGCCAUCUGCCUGGCCUUCUUCGUCUGCUGGGCCCCUUAUUACAUCCUUCAGCUGGUCCACCUCGGCGUGCAGAAGCCAAGCGUGGCUUUCUCCUACGCCUACAACAUAGCCAUCAGCAUGGGUUACGCCAACAGCUGCAUCAACCCGUUCCUCUACAUCGUCCUCAGUGAGACCUUCAAGAGGCUGUUCCUCAGGGCCGUGCGCCCGGUCAAUAGAAAGUUCCGCGUGAACCCGAGCACUACAGAUGGGGGAAGCAUGAGUGUGAGAAUGUUGCCUGAAGGGGCUCGGCAGGAGCCAGCACCCGGGGAGAUGAUGCCGUCCAACAUGGCGCCACAGUGAAUUAUUUAAACGACGUGCUUGCUAGUUUCUCAGCAUAUACCUUGAGCGUAUUGUUGUUUCCCAUCUUUCAUAGUCAUGCAAAGCACAGCACCGCUGAUUAACAUUUCGAGCUGCUACGGGACUUGAACACCAGUUUACUCAUCUACACCUUGAAAAAAAUUAACAAACAUUUUCAAAAUGGGAAGCUAAAUGGGAAGUAAAAUCUUACUGGCCUAACUGGUCAAUUCAAAAUAUACUGCAAAUUGUCAAUAAAACCUUUUUGUUUGGUUGAACAUCAUCACAUGUCGAACAAUCCUGAUAUCUUACCUUUGAAAAUCUAUAUAAAUCAACAAUUAAGCCACGGGCUGUGAUCGGAGGGUUGCUUAAUCGAUACUGAAGGUUUACGGAAUACAAGGCAAGAGGUCUCACAUCGCUGAGUUUCUCAACAGCAUGCAGCCAGCGGACAAUGACUGAGAGAGGAGAAUCUUUUCAUCCAGUGAAUCCAUGCACGCGACAUGAUGCUGUUAUGCUCAUGUGCCAGCAGACUCCUGCAGCUUGGGGGGGGGGAGUCACACAUUCAUGUUAAACAAGAGCCAUUUGCAGCCUGAGCAGUCAUGACAUGCCAGCUACACUCAGUCCCCUUGUCCUUUAACCACUUCAACAGGGGGCCUCUCUCUUCCCAGAAUGUAUCAUAUUAAGGUCAAACUGUUGUAAAAUACCUACACCUGAAAAGCAGUUUUUGAUGGCGUUCUCUUGCUGGUUUGUGUGUGAUCAUGUUUUUAAUGUAAUAUAUAACAUCUGAAACGCAAAAUGGAGAAUGAGACUGGACAUAAUGUCUUCAUGUGAUGUGAGAUGCUGAAAAAACUAUCGCGAUAACAAGCAAAGUGCUUCUAAGACUCCUCGCUAUUGUAACGUUGCUUUAAUGUGGAAGACGCGACUUCCAAUCACGGAAAUUAGCUGUGCGAGUCAUGUUCUAUUUAUUGUGUUGUUCAAACAGUGACCUAAAUAUAUGUUAAAAAAUAUAGUUUUUCUGUUACUCUGUGCAGCUCUAUAUCUGUUUGCUCCUUUUCUCUGUUUGCUCGUUUCUCUGUUUGCUAAAUCUUAAAAGGGACGAUUCACCCAAAAAUCAAAAUGAAGUUUUUUCAUUACUGUAGAGCUGUUUAUUGGAAUAAUUAGUUGUAGUGUGUUUUGACUAGUGUUGGAAAUACCGUCUGUAGAGGUUUCUACCUUCUCUCCAAUAUAAUGUGAUUGGUGUAAAUACAUUUAGAAAGCUCAUCAGGAAUGUACCUUUAGAAUACACCAAAUAGUUAUUGGUCAAGCAGUGACAAAGCAUUUUCAGGAUCAAUUCAGUGUGAACUUCAACGCAGGAAUAAUACUGAAGAGUCGAUCACAUCUGUAAAAUGACGCAAUUUUGCAGAUGAGGUGUUUGUGAUUGUUUUUGGGAAGGGUGUAUGCGCCAUGUAUUCAUCUUUGAAUAUAACUUUUUUAAAUAGUAGCCUUUUGUUGCAUAGAGGGCAAAGGAAGCUCUGACUUGAUCAAACGCACAAUUAAUUGGAAAUGUUUUCAAAUAAAAAAUAAAUUAAACAGCUAGCGUGGGUCAGUUAUAGAAAUCCCCCCACCUGCCUAUCAAAACACAACUUUUAGCUAAGAAACUGUUUAAACUGUUGUUUCUGUCUGAUGUGAAGCAGAAAAAACUUGAGCAGUUUUGCUUGAUUGUUGAUGAAAACAAUAACUUGCGUAUUGUUGUGAGCAUUGAAAUAAAUCAGUACGACCAAAAUA